AUGGCUGAGAAGUCGAUAUUCAACGAGCCUGAUGUGGAUUUCCAUCUCAAGUUGAAUCAGCAACUAUUUCAUAUUCCUUACGAACUACUAUCCAAAUGCGUUAAACAUACUCAAGCAACUAUAUAUAAAGAAACCAAAUUUUUACACGAACAUAUCAGUACGCUGAACGAAAUCUUUGAGCACAAUGAUGUCGAGCAUGAUAGAUUAGCACUCGCAAAAAUAAACGAACUGAUCAGAAAAAUUGACCAUAUGGAAAAGUUCUUGAAUAUUCAAGCUAAAUCAUAUUGCGAAAUUUUAAAUAGAAUCAAGAAAAGAUUGGAGUUUUUCCAUGAACUGAAAGAUAUCAAAUCCCGAAACAAUGAGAUUCCACUUAAUGAAAAUAACCCAGAUACGAGAAAUAAACUGAUUCAGUGGUAUCAAAGUUACACAAACAUUUUGAUUGGCGACUACUUAACUAGGAAUAACCCGAUCAAAUAUAAUUCAGAGACAAAUGAACACUGGAAUUCAGGGGUAGUGUUCUUGAAACAAACCCAAUUGGAGGAUCUCAUCGAUUAUGAUGUUCUCUUGGAGGCCAAUAAGAUUUCCACAUCAUUAUUAAACGACCACGAUCUCUUACCCCUAAUUUCAUGGGUAAAUGAAAAUAAAAAGACUUUGACCAAAACAUCUUCUAUGCUAGAAUUCCAAGCAAGACUACAAGAAUACAUUGAACUAUUGAAAGCUGGCAACUAUAUCGAUGCUAUCAUUUGUUUCCAGAAAUACCUUUUACCUUUUAUAGAGAGUAAUUUCACGGAUUUAAAAUUAGCAUCUGGACUUCUGAUAUUUAUCAAGUAUUGCAACAAGCAAAAACCAAAUUCAUCUUCUGGGUCUAGACUUGAUACUGAAGAUAUCAAAUCAAAAAACCUACCAAUGAAUAAAGACCAAAUAUUUCAACAUUUCUUCCAUAAAUGUCUACCGAGGGAUACUUCUGACCCAGAGACGAAUACAACUGAUUACGAUAAGAGCUCGUUGAUAAGUUCACAUAAUGGUGACUUUGAAAGGUACCUGAAUUUAUUAGACGAUGAACGAUGGUCAGUAUUGAACAAUUUAUUCUUGAAAGAUUUCUAUUCAAUGUAUGGAAUAUCACAAAAUGACCCAUUGUUGAUAUAUUUGUCACUAGGUAUAUCGUCCUUAAAGACGAGGGACUGUUUAAAUCCUUCAGACGAUGAAGAGAGAAAUGAAGGAACAGAAAUCACGGCUACACCAGAAAAUGACGUUGGACAUUUACAAAUAUUCACUUUGCAUUCAUUAAAGAGGAAAAACUGUCCUGUUUGUAGUGAAACUUUCAAACCAGUCACAAAAUCUCUACCAUUUGCACAUCAUAUUCAGUCACAGUUAUUUGAAAAUCCAAUACUGUUACCCAACGGUAAUGUUUACGACAGCAAAAAAUUGACAAAACUGGCAAAAACGCUGAAAAAGCAAAAUUUGAUAUCGCUAAGCCCAGGCCAAAUCAUGGAUCCAGUUGACAUGAAAGUUUUCUGCGAGUCAGAUUCUAUUAAAAUGUAUCCAACAUAA